AUCUGUUGCCCUUUAGAUCAUGAUAUUAAAAAGGUGUUUCAAGAUAGAGAAGUAAUGGUAACUGUAUUUCUAGAUAUUGAAAGAGCAUAUGACUCACUAUGGAAGGAUAGUUUAUUAAUUAAACUCUAUGAUGCGGGAAUUAGAGGUAGAAUGUUCAAUUGGAUCAAAGAUUUUCUUAAGGAAAAGACAAUUCAAGUAAGAAUAGGCAGAACAAGCUCUAAGUCAGUUAAAAUAGAUAAUGUUACUCUUCAAGGAAGCGUCAUUAGUCCAGUUUUUUUUAAUGUCAUGAUAAACAAUAACUUUGAGCAGGUAGGGACAGGAUUUGGCAAGUCAUUGUUUGCAGACGAUGGUGCAAUCUGGAAAAGAGGAAGAAACAUCAAGUAUAUAUUAAAGCAGCUUCAAGGAAGCAGAGCAAUUUCAACAGCGUCGAUUGUAAAUGAAUAUUUAAACAAUAAAUGGGGAUCUUAUCUGAAGAUUUUUACUGAUGGCUCAGUGGACCCAGACAGCAGUAAGGGAGGACAACUACAAGAUGUGACAAUUCAAGAAAGCAAUGUCCAUCAUCAUGGACCCCCACCACCUCGAUCAUGCCCGCUUCUCAAUGCUGACAUCAGGAAGGAGAUACAAGAGCUUGAAGACCCACAACUCAAAGUUCAACAGCAUCCAAGUCCAAAGAACUCUUCUGCUUCUGGGAAGAGGUCUCCAACUCUGAGCCAGGCAUUCAACACUUCCUUGCUGCCAUCUGCACAGAUCGUGGGGAUGUCUUCAAUUGAAGGUGCUGCCCGACCUGCUAAGAUGUGUUGCUUGGGAUUUUCAGUGUCCGCAGAAACUCUUGUGUUUCUGAGAGCUUUUUGAGGGGCUCUUAGACAGGCACAUGGAUGUGCAGAGAAUAUAGGGGUAUGGACAUAUGUAGACUGAAAGGACUAGUCUACUUAGGCAUCCAUCAGAAACCCAAUGGUGGAGGGAAAUAAACUGUUCCUAAAAUGUUGAAUGUGUGUCUUCAGGCUUUUGUACCUCCACUCUGAUAGUAGCAAUGAAAAAAUGGCAUGUCCUGGGUGUAAGGGUCCUUCAUGAUGGAUGCUGCCUUUUUGAUAUUAUCUCAAUGGUGGGGAGGUUUAUGAUGAUGAUGGAACGGGCUGAGUUUACAAUCACCUGCAGAUUUAUUGAUCUUGUGCAGUGACCCCACCAGCUCCCUCUGCCUAUUUCCCUUUCUGUUUACUGUAGGGAACACUCUCUUCCUGCUUCCCUGCACUGUUACUUUCCCCAUCUCCAAGCACUUUUCCCGGACACUACAGGAGAUGUAACAUCUGUUUCCCUCACCUCCUCCCUUACCAUCUGCCAGGGGACCUAAGCACCCGUUUGGAGUGAGACGGACAACCACAAUGUUCACUUGCACCUCUUCCAACAGUGUUGACUGCAUUCCAUGGUCACCGUAUGGCCUCAUCUACAUUGCUGACCAUUUUUCCGAGCACUUCCAGGUAAUCUGACACAACUUGGUAGCUGAAUCUGCAUGGAGCCCAAUAGAUCAUUGGUCUAAACUCAGAUACAAAUUGAUGGCUCCUUCCUUUCCUGUCUGUGUAACCAGCCACCGAACUGGGAGCAGGUAAGGGCCACUUGGGUCCUCUUGUCUGCUCUGAUCUGAGUCUGAGUCAUGACCAACCUCACAUUCCUGCCUCGUCUCAAUCACUCACUAUCGGCUUAUUUCCUAAUGAUAUUUAUACCUUAAUAGCCUUCACAGUCUCCGCUUCCAUCAGACUCUGAGGAGGAGAGAUCCAAAGCUAGUAAUUAAAUGCCCAACCAAAUGAGUCUCUUCUACCUACACAAUAUCCAGAUCACUCCAAACUCAGCACAUACCUGUGCUUAUCUAAGAGCGUGUGGGAACAAGAAAACUUUCCUUUAUCGCACACAUCUGCUCUCAUCUUCCCUCCUCCCCAGAGAGAACAGUGAUAGAGUGGGAGGCAGGGUUUGAGGGGGGCAUCUCAAGAAGUAAAAAGAGAGCAGUUUCUUUUAAGGAGGCAGUGCUUUAUAAUUUGUACAAGGGUGGUAUCCCUCCCUGACAUGAAUGUUUUUAUUGUCAAUUCUAAUGACAGCAGGGAUUCUAAUGAAGCUGGUUACACAAAUAGGAUGGGAGGAAGAAUUAGUGAGGAUUUUCAUGCACCCCAUAGAGAUACACAAAGGAUUGUGUCCUACCUACAGGAAAGAUGUUGAUAAGUGUUAUGAUCCAGCAACAAUUAAUAUAUAAUUGAGACAGGUUUCUUCAUAACAAAUAAAACAUUUAAUAAACUCUGCUAAAAAAAAAAACCAAAAGUAAACAAACGACUAACUUAACCAGAAGUCAGCUGCAAAUACGGAAGCUCCAAUAGUUCUUAAAGUGAGAAAUGCGAACUCAGUUCUUGAAAAUAGUAUUGCAAAAAGUCAAAAAUGAUUUACAGUCAGUUAAAGGAGUGACUUCCCUUGAAUUAAAUCCUCUUUCACGACAUUACUGCUGAUUCCAGCCGAAGUAUGCUUUGCCGAGAGAUUUACGAUUGAAGAAAAUGAAAUGGCUUAAAGGCACUGACCUUUCCUUGGCGAAACUCUGCACCCAGCUCUUUCUGCCCCUUUUAGCAGGAGUUAUCAUGGCUUGCAGGUUACUAAUUUCUUGUACGAAGAUUAAAUAAGGUCGUACCUGUUUCACCAUCAACACCAACUUUCCCAAUCCUUCGUAUUUCUGAACUUCGACGAAUCUUCACUCUCCAACUGGCCUUUAACUGGUAGUAUUGUAGCAAAACUACCGGCAAUAACGUUUGAAACUUAAGACAGAAAAUAAAACUCCACGUUUAAACAAAACUGUGUCAUAACAUCGAAAUACGCAGCAACAUGGAGUCAGUGCCGAUUCAGCCAUGAACUGGCCCACCUCACAGGAAGGGGUUCUCCUUUUAUACCCUGGUGAAAAAAACUAUCACAUGACCUCUCACUGGCAGGAAAAUGAUGUCACUCCACCAUCACCAGACCAUUACCUCAUGCCCAGCAUAGCCUCAAUUACAUCAUGGCCAUGUGACAGGCACAAGAUACCCACGGGUACAUA